CAGUAAGAUCAGACAGCAGUGUAAACUGUCAAACUCUCAUGGCUCUGUAGAUGCAGAGCCUCGACCACACAGAAGUGUGAAAGUGCUGCGAGUCGAAACAGGAGGGUGGGAAAGGACAGAGAGAGAGAGAGAGAGAGAGGAAGAGAAAGAGAAAGAGAGGAAGAGAGAGAGAGAGGAAGAGAGAGAAAGAGAGAGAGAGAGAGAGAUCAGUGAGCAGGAGAGGCAGCUAUGGAGAGGAUGAGACUUCUGGUGCUGCUGUUCUACGCUGUGUCAGUGUCAGACGGGUUCAACAUCGAUGUAACAAACCCAGAGAGGUUCUCGGGGAGUGAAGAGGAUUUUUUCGGUUAUCGGGUUCUACAGUAUCAGUCUGACACAAGCAAACAGAUCAUCGUUAGUGCUCCUUUAAAAGCAAACCGGUCAGGCGCCGUUUAUAGCUGCAUGCUAAAUGCAACAAACUGCAACCUGAUAUAUCAGCAAGAUGAUAACGGCCAGUUCUUCGGGAUGUCCAUGGCAGUGAGGUCCACCCCUUCAGGCGGGCUGACUAGCUGCAGUCCCAGUCUCGCUCAUGACUGUGAUGGAAACUCGUACCUGAACGGCAUCUGCUACCACUUCAACGGUCAACUGCAGCCCAUCGCUAACAACACGGUCGCUUUCCAAGAGUGCACAAAAGGUGUAGUGAACUUGGUCUUCCUGUUCGACGGCUCUUCCAGCAUGAAAACCAGUGACUUUAACAAGAAUAAAGAGUUCAUCUGGAAUAUUAUAAAUCAACUUAAGGACUCAACCAUUCAGUUUGCUGCUGUCCAGUUUUCUGGAGUUCCCCGGAUCGUUUUUCACUUUAAUGAUUACAAGAAUGGCACAGCUAAGAAAAAGCUUGAUGAAGAGGAGCAUAUGAAGGAUCUCACAAACACCCACCAGGCUAUUGACUAUGUACUAGUAAACCUCUUUAAUAAUGUGUUCUCUGGUGCGGAUCCUGAUGCUACAAAAGCUCUGGUCAUCAUUACAGAUGGAACUCCUACUGAUUUUAACACUAAAGAUGUUAUAAAGAGGUGUGAAGACCAACAUAUCACUCGCUUUGUUAUUGGGGUGGGGAAUAUAGACGUACAAAAGCUCAGAAGAUUUUCUUCAGAGCCCAAAGAAAAUAACACAUUCCAGAUUGAAGACUACAGUGGACUGGGAGGACUUCUGGAUAAGCUGCAAAAUAAGAUCUACAACAUUGAAGGAGAUCAGAGCGGUGGACACAGGGAACGGACAAAGGAGUUGUCUCAAAGUGGAUUCAGUGCUGUCUAUGAUAAAGAUGUUCUGGUGUUGGGAGCUGUUGGAUCGAAUGAAUGGCGUGGAAUGCUUUAUGAAGUUGGAUCCACAGAGAUAGAAAUCAAAGACCCAAAGCUGAACAACGACUCCUACAUGGGUUACUCCACAGCAGUUGGACAGAAAGGUGGAGUCUCUCUUUUGUUUUCUGGAGCUCCAAGGUCCAAUUACAAUGGUCAGGUCACUCUCUUCAGUAAGCAGAACACAUGGGAAGUCACCACCAGUGUCAGUGGAGAACAGGUCGGCUCGUACUUUGGUUCAUCUCUCUGUUUGUUGGAUGUGGACUCGGAUGGUGACACUGACUUUCUUGUGGUUGGAGCUCCUCUGUACUACCAGGCUCAGCCGCGGAGAGAAGGCAGGAUGUAUGUCUACAGGGUCACAAAUAAGCUGGAAGUGGAGAAGGAACUGGAGGUGGCUGACUGUGUUCAGGGCCAGUUUGCAGCAACUGUAACAUCUGUAGCAGAUCUGAAUGGAGAUGACCUGCAGGAUGUAGCUGUUGGAGCUCCACUGGAGGACGGUGGCAGAGGAGCUGUUUACAUCUACCUUGGGAACCGCACACAGGGUAUACGUCCACAGUACAGCCAGCGAAUCCUGGCUUGGACAAUUUCAGAGAGUCUGCAGCAGUUUGGUGUGGCGAUUGAUGGAGUCAUGGACAUGGAAGGAGAUGGACUUACAGACAUUGCUGUGGGAGCACGAGGGACGGUGAUGCUGCUAAAGGCUCGACCAGUUCUGUCUGUUUCUGCACAACUCAGUUUCUCCCCCUCUGAAAUCAGCCUCGACAACUUUGACUGCUUGGCCCAAACCGAUAACACAAUAGAGGCUGUUACCCUCAGCACCUGCUUCAGAGUGGAAGAGAAAACCAACAGCACAGGGGCAGAGAGCAGUGGUCUGAAUGUGUCAUACGAGCUCAGAGCAGACCUGAUGAGACAAUGGAGUAGAGCAUUUUUCCUCCCAGAAGAUAAAACGUCCAGGAGUCUCCUAAAUUCUGUGCUGUUGGACUCACAUUAUUCCUGCUUCAACCACACUGUGUACAUGCCAAACUGUGUGAAGGACACAGUGUCUCCUGUGUUCAUCCGGCUGAAUUUCUCCCAGGUUGAGCAGCAGCCAAGCAGCUCCAGUGCUGUUCUUAACAUUGACAGCAGAACAACUGCUAAUGUGGAGAUUCCCUUCCAAAGAAACUGUGGGAAUGUGAGCUGUGUGGCAGAUCUAGAGCUGGACUUUGACUUCUUGAACAGGACUUUGCUGGUGGUGGAUCAGUCAUAUUUCAUCAUCAAUGUUUCUCUGCUGAACAAAGGAGAUGAUUCCUUCAACACCAGUGUGGAGCUUCGCUACCCAGAGGGCCUGUCGCUCUCCAAGUUUGACACUAUUACGGCCAGCAGGAGGACUCUGAGCAGUUGUGGAGAUCGAGACGAUGGUGCUCUGGAUAAAACCACCUGCAGCAUCAGUUUACCAGUGUACCGCAAAGGCACCAGCGCAACAUUCCGGGCUACGUUUCGUAUCUCUGGAUCCUACAGCUGGAGUGACACGAUGGAGAUGACUCUUGUGGCCAACAGUAGUAACAAUGGUAACCAAACUAACGGAACAGUGACGAAAUCUCUGCCAGUUCAGUUCGCUGUAGAUGUGGCCGUCAGCUUAGAGCAUUCUGUAACCUAUCUGAAUUUCUCUCUGGAAGACAAAGGCCCAAAGCCUGUUCACAUUGUCUAUAAGGUGAUGAAUCAAGGAGUUAAAGGUCUACCUGUUUCAGUAAAGUUCAUGAUGCCAUCUAAGAUUGGGGAGAACUUCAUUCUAGAAAAGCACAUCAUCACUAUACCAGAGAACCUGACAGACUGCAGCUUCAGAAGGAAAAAUGACUCUGCUAGCCUGACAGGCUGUAUUCUCAGAGAGGAAACUGACCCUGCUUUGUGUUUGAAGCAGAAGAGCUGUGUAAGGUUUGAAUGUUCGUCCUUCUGCCUGGAGAAAGACUCUGCUGUUAAGUUUGAGCUGAAAGCCCAGCUCACCUUCCUCAACCCAAAGCAGUACACAGGGAGAUUUCGGUUCAGUGAGUUCAGUUUGGAGGACGGGUUCUCAAGCUCUGCUGAGCUGGACUUUGACAAAAGCCUCUACCAUCAGAUGUCUAACGGCCCACAGGACGAUGCCACCAAAUACCACAAAGCACAGGCCACUGUUAAAGCUGAGCUGAUUAUUCCUCCUGAUAUGUAUAUGAUCGUGGGCUCGGGUGCAGGAGGUGGGCUCCUCCUACUCAUCAUCAUCUUUGUGCUGAUGUGGAAGUUGGGGUGCUUUAAGCGUAAGCUUCCAUGUGGAGAAGAUGGACAGUAUGUAGGUAGAGAAUAUCACUUUGAAGAAAAAGAGAAGGACUUCAGUGAUUCUAAUGGAAAGAGUGAGGAGUCGUCUCCUGAACCUGAAGAUAAACUCCUCAUCGUCAACGGCUCUGAGAAUGGAGGAACACCAGCGUUAGAAGCAGCGAAAGAUGAAAGUGGAGAGUAAAGAGGCUUUGCUGUGAGAUCAAACCUUCAUUUAGCUCAAAACCAUCAUUUUGGUAUAGAGAGAACUUCUGUAGGCUCUUUAAGUUCUUUGCAGGCUUGUGUUUGUGGCUCUUUGAUUAAUUUGGAAAUUAAUGUGCUUAAUUCACCUUUUGUCCAUCAUCAAACUAAAACAAGCCUGUUUAAAUUUUACAGAGACCAUUAAAAAGGGAAUUCCACCAGUUCAUCAGCAGUCCUGCAUAAUUAAAUGGUUGCGAUGUAAACAGAGGUGUGUCACGACCCCCUGUCGCAAUGUUCCUUUAAUGUAGGCAAUUUUGUGUACGUUCCGUCUUGUGUUGCAUUACAUGAAGGUACCUGAUUGGCCACACAGGAGCACCCCACAUAUAAAAGGACAGUAACAUGUCAACCACUGAAUUAUGGGGUAAUUUUUUAAAAAAACUGGAAUUCUCAUAAAGUGUAUUUGCUUAGAAAUAACGACUGGUGUGUAUUUAGAGUUUUAACGUUCUUUAAAUGUAAGGAAUAUUUUGACACAUUGUUAGUUGUAAAUGUAUGUAAAAAGCUGUUUCCUGUCAAAAGUAUGAAAACAAAUGGCUCAGAAUGUUUUUGCCAUCGUUAUUCAUCACUGGUGUUUCAUGACUGUAUCAACUAGGAUUAAACCAGAUUUUAUAUAUAUUUUAACAAACCUUGUCAGUUUUAUGUGAAAACUAAUAAAUCAUUUACCUCCUCAGGUAAAAAGGAUCAGGUACAGUAGGUUGUAUUAUUUACAUACAUGUCUAAGUUAUCGAUCUGGAUUCUUCUUCUUUACCGUCACUUUCAUUUUACAUUUUUACUUUUUUAUUAUUUCACCGGUGUCUGGUGAGACGGUGGCUGAUGGCUGAUUGAUGAUACACUGCUCACUUGUGUGAGCCAAUCAGAUUCAGAGAGAUGGUUUUUCAGGUGUGUUUUUAUUCAUUUUAUGUUACAGGAUGUUAAAACCAUUUGUUUGUAUUUCUGUACAGCAUGUGACAAAUAUAUGGGAAUAUUUUAUAUUGUGCAUAUAUUACUGUUACUCAUACUGUUACUGUUAUUGUUACUGCUAUUGGUUUUGUUAUUCAUUCUGUUUCUUUAACUCGUACUGCUACUGUUACUCAUAUCUAUACUGUUACUUUUGUUUGUAUCUGUUACUGCCACAGAGAGUUUUACUGCUCCUGUCAGUUUCACUGUUACUUAUACCCAUACUGUUACUUUAACUGUUACUGGUACUGAUACUGAUAUACUUAAUCUUACUGAUACUGCUACCGCUAUUGCUACCGUUAAGGUACUGUUACUGGUACUUAGAUGUUUUGAAAGAAUAUUUUUCACCACAGCAUUUUAUUUUCUUUUGUAUUUUCAUAUCUUUUACAUGAUAUACAUAUUGCAUUUCUUUUCCUUAUCUUUCUGUAUUGUAUGUAUUUAUAAAUAUUAAAAAAUCAACAUUAA